UGAGACAUUAGUCUGGACCUAGGAUUCCGCUUGAUUUGCAGACGAGAUAAAGCACAGUGUAGCUAUGACAAAUUGAAUUGAAAUGUGUUAUUUUUAAUAGACUUAGUUCUAAUGACAUUAAUGGACUUAGUAGGCCUACUAAUGAUACGCUUUAAUUGAGUCAUCAUCUCUCUAUUUAAUAUAAUGAACAGUUUUCGUGUCAAGACUUUUAGCUUCGACAAUGUCUAUUAACAAGGAGGUGCACAUUGAACAGGAGAAAGUGGUAUUGAGAAAAGAGUUGGGCUUUGUCAGUGCGGCCUCUUUUGUUGUUGGAUCUAUAAUUGGCUCAGGGAUCUUUAUUUCCCCUAAAGGUGUCCUCCAGAAUACAGGGUCAGUUGGACUAUGUCUGGUUGUGUGGGCAGUCGCUGGACUCAUCUCUCUUGGAUCUGCUCUUUGUUAUGCAGAAAUGGGAGCCAUGAUUGGUAUCUCUGGUGGCCAGUAUACGUACAUAAGACUCGGACUUGGGAAUUUUUUAGGAUUCAUUUUUGCUGCCCAGAAAACUCUGCUUCGGAACUCAAUAAGUCAAAUCAUCAUGCUGCUGACAUUUGCCAAGUACACAGUCUCUCUACUACCAACAUGUGGUUCACCUCUACUCUUGGAGAAGUUGAUCGCCGCUUUAACUUUAGUGGGCAUUGUCUUGAUCAACAUGUAUAGCUCUAGGAUAGCAGCCAGGCUGACGGUGGUGACCACAGCUGGGAAGACCUCUGCCCUUAUAGUCAUCUGUGUUGGCGGCGUAGUGUCCAUUAUUAAAGGCGUCAACAGCGAACUGAGCAGUGGAUUCAGUGGCACGAGAAGUGACCCAUCCUCGAUCGCUUUAGCUUUUUAUAGCGCCCUUUGGGCGUACGGUGGCGCCGCAAAUUUGACCUGUUUGGUUGAGGAAAUAAAAUCUCCUGGCAAAAAUGUUCCAAGGUCUAUAAUGACUGGCUGUUUGUUUACACUCGCUAUCUAUGUGAUGACCAAUGUGUCCUACUUGGCUGUAAUGACCAGGUCCGAGCUACUUCAAUCGAACGCUGUGGCUGCUUUGUUUGCAGACAAAGUGUUACAGAACAUCUCCAUCUUGAUUCCAGUGGCUGUUAUGGUUUCCACAUUUGGAUCUACCAAUAACAACGUACUGAGUACCAGCAGAAUAACUUUCACUGCUGCCAGGGACGGCAACCUACCAGACUUCCUCAGUUACAUACAGAUCUCGCAGUUAACUCCCUUUGGUGCCAUGACGAUUACAGUGUCCUUAUCUUUAUUAUAUCUGUUACCAGCUGACCUGGGUCAGUUCAUCAGCCUCGCUGGGUUUCUAGAUGCUUUCUUCGAUGCCUGCACAUUCGUCGCAUUGAUUCGGUUCCGUUUACAGACAAUGAAAGAUGCACAUAGGCCAGUGAAGAUUCCACUCCUGAUUCCUAUUCUGAUGUCGUUGGUGAAAAUCUACUUGUUUGUCGCACCUAUCAUCUUCAAACCUAGACUGGAAUACGUGUACGUCGCUGCUAGUGUUUUUACUGGUGCUACCUUACUGUAUAUACCUUUUGUACGCUUUGGUCUCAAAGUACCAUUUUACGAUAACAUCGUGACAUGUUUGCAGUUGAUUUUCGAAGUCUGUCCACCAGCUAAAUCUGAACACAAGCCUUGAUACAAAAUAUGUAUAG